AUGCUCUUCACAAAGAUCGCCCUCUCGCUGGCCUCGCUGGCCGCCAGAGUCGCUGCUGCCCAAGACGAGUUUCAUCUCAAGACCGUCUCGUCGUCGGCCUCGAAGAACAAUCUCUAUGUCGAAGCCUACCACACGGGCGCCGGCAUGGCCGAUGCCGUUUUGACUACGAGUACCUCUGCUGCUGGCAAGUUUUAUCUGAAUGAGACGUAUCUGCAGAUGGAUAUCGGGCAGGAGAUUACGUAUGGGUUUGAAGUUGGUGGUGCUACCAACUAUGCUGGAUGGGAAUUUGUCGAAGUCAAUGGCGGCCAAGGAGUCAGCGGUUUUGUAGUGGAGGAUAACCAUGUUGUCUGGAACGAGACCCAGUUCACCGGCUGGCUUGCAUGCGACUGGUGGCACGGAGCCCCCCAGCUCUUCUGGACAGUGGCCUACGAGAACUUUACGCGCCCGAGCAGCUGCAGCCCUGUUCACCUCACGCAAGAGUUUAUCAGCUCUUAG